UCUCCCUCGAGUCCUCAAUUCAGCAUUGCCCUUUAAUGUUUUCCUCCUUUGUCUUUCAUGAAGUCCUUGCGCGUAUCUAUAUAAGAAUAACAAGAGAUGGGUAAUAUCCUGUGAAAACCCGGCAACUGAGUCUGAACUCCUUCAACAAGUACAGCUUCAUAUAUAUUACUACCUAUUCUCUUGUUCCCUCUUGCUCACCAUGGUGCCAACAAUCCUCAAAACAUCAGUUUCUGGCAUCAAGCUAUCAUCGGUUGUGCCAGCCGAAGUGACAGGUGACAACGAGGACCGAAAACUAACAAAUAUGGACUUGGCCUUUAAGCUCCAUUAUGUCAGGGGUGUGUCCUUUUUCAGUAACGAAACAGUCCAGGGUCUCACAAUAUACGACUUGAAGGAACCCAUGUUUUCACUGCUCGCUCUCUAUCCUACUGCUUCGGGAAGAAUUCGGAAAUCUGAAUCAGGCAGACCUUUCAUCAAGUGUAAUGAUGGUGGUGUUCGGAUUGUUGAAGCGCACUGUGACAAAACCAUUGAGGAAUGGUUAAAGAUGAACGACCACCAACCUCUUGAUGAUUAUCUUGUUUACGAUCAAGUUCUUGGUCCAGAUUUAGGAUUCUCUCCAUUGGUCUUUGUUCAGUUCACUUGGUUCAAGUGUGGAGGAAUGUCAGUGGGACUCAGCUGGGCCCAUGUUCUUGGGGAUCCAUUCUCAGCUUCAACCUUCAUCAACACAUGGGGCAAAAUUAUGCAAGGUCACGUGCCAUCAAGGUCUCCCCACGUGCCAAACACUAAAAAAUCCAAAUACCCACUUUCAACGACAAGAAGGAAGCCAUUUUCCCUAAAACGGGUCGACCCAGUUGGGGACUCUUGGUUAAGUACCAAUAACUGUAAAAUGGAAACUCACUCUCUCCAUGUCACUGCAGAACAACUUGACGACAUACUAUCAGACAAUAUUCGUGGUCAAAAGCAGCCAACUGAGUUAUCCCAUUUCCAAGUCCUCUCUGCAAUAAUAUGGAAAUCUUUGUCCAAGGUUAGGGAAGAUUCAGGGCCAAGAAUUGUGACAAUUUGCACAGGAAAUUCUCGAGUCAAUGACCCUGAAGUUCCAAGCAACAACCUGGUGUUUAGCAUUAUUCAAGCAGACUUCUCGGUCGCGGAAGGAGAAAUCUAUGAAUUAGCGGAAUUGAUUGCUGAGAAGCAGGAGGAGGAGAAUAGCUUGAUAGAAGAUAUAGUAGAGAGCGACGAGGUUGAAUUCGACCGUAUAGCAUAUGGAACAAAUUUGACCUUUGUGGAUUUGGAAGAAGCAAAUAUUUAUGGGCUGGAAUUGAAGGGGCAGAAGCCUAUUUUUGCUAAUUAUUCCAUCAAGGGAGUCGGUGAGGGAGGAGUUGUUUUAGUGCUACCUGCAGGGCCAGGAAAUGGCAGUGGGAAAGUCAGUUCUGGGAGGACAGUGACAGUGACUUUGCCUGAAAAUCAACUUUCAAGGCUAAUGAAUGAGCUCAAGUUACACUGGGGUCUUGCUUGAUGCAAUAAAAAAAAGGCAUCUGCGGUUUUAAGAUUUCGCUUGUUCUGUUUUUGGAUUUGCCAUGUACUGCGAAGUAUGUGAUUUGGGGUGCUGUUAGUAGAGUGCAAACUACUUACGUUGACAAUCUACGAUUAGCAAAUAAUAUAGAUCACGAUUAUUAGCG